AUGAAUCCCCUUUCGACUCUUGAUCACACAAAUCUCUGCCCUGAACUUCCCAAUGAAAUCCUGCUUCUUAUCAUCCAGGCAUGCCCAGGUUCCACUCUCAAGAACGUACGCUUGGCGUCCAAGACGCUCGAGCAGCUGGCCACACCAGUAUUAUGGAGCAAGGUUGUCUUGAUCCCGAAUCUAGAGUGCAUCCGUGGGUUUAUGGAGGCACUCGAACGGUCCAAGGUUCUUCUUCAUGUCACGAAGCUAGUCUACGAUGCUCGUUUUGGCAAUUUCUUCUAUAGGAUCAAGACCGAAAACCCCAUGCUAUCGUUUAUGGCCACACCCGGCAGAGAUCUUUCCAUCGAGGCUGUAACUCAAGGGAGAUUCCAGCCUUACGAGGACAUGGCGAUCGAGGUCGCGAUGUUAGGUAAAGCAUUGCGACUGUUGCCAAAUUUGAGGGCGCUUCGAGUGCGAGAACACGAAGACUCGGAAGAGCCUGGCCCCUUCACCUCCCUUGCUUCCUUGAAGAUCCCCUACUUCUACCAAAAGAUGUGCAAGAAGUACAAAGUUUCCCUUGAGGCCGUAAAAUUCUCCUCCAUGGCCGGCACUCCAGGCAGGUCAUAUACCAAGGGCAUUCUGACCGCAGCCUAUUCCUCCAACAUUCGUUUACACAGCCUCAAGGCCAUGAACGUCGAUGCCCGCGGCAUGUUUGGAGCCAUGGCCAUCAGACCAACCGGCGCCAACCACCAACUCAGGCUCCUUCGAGAUGUUUUGCAAGAUCUUCAAGAACUCGAGCUCGGUUUUCGGAAUGAUACAUUGCUGCCAACGGCGAAUCAUAUUGAAGCCAUCUCAUUCCUUCUGAGGUCUGCAAAGAAACUGAAACGCCUCAAACUGCGCAUGACGGACUGCAGUCUGACGCGCUGCCAAUAUACAGAUGACGACCUUGUCUCCGAUCUUGCCGCGCUCCUGGAGACACACACGGCAGGCUGGACACACCGCCCGCUCGCUCCGAGACUGGAGACACUGACGCUGGACGCAUGUAUAUGCCACGACCAAGACCUGCUCCAUUUUCUCAAGCUGCACGGCGCGACGCUGCGCCACCUCAACCUCUCCAACAUCACCCUCCUCGGCGGGGCGGACCGCCGUGAAUGCUGGGUCAAGGUCAUCAAGCGCUUCAAGACCGAUCUGAAACUCACUUCCGUCUCGUUUAGCGGCUGGUUCACCAACGGCGGUCGUCAACAAUGGUUCGUCGCCACCGACAACGUCGACCCCAAUCGUCUCAAGCCGCGCGUGGAGAAGUAUGUCGUCGACAAGCGUGUCCAGGAAUGCCCACUUGACCAUGUAGCCAUCAAACCGCACCUCUCCGACGUCGAAAAGCCCGCCAACGGUGAAGAAUUCGAGGGCGACUUGACCUGGACAAUGGUCUAUGCGAAUCCUCUGGCCGAUAACGUUGACUGGCAGCCGACCGAGCCGUCGUUUGGGGGUUCGUCCCUCAACACUUCUGAUCCGUUGUCGGUGUCUUCCCCCGAGGACGACCUGUUAGUAACGGAUGACGCGACCGACAAUCUCAACUGGUCUGAAGAUUGGGAUGUUGAGCAUACCAUCCACCAGGAAGAUCCUGUCAUUCUCUGCACAAAAGAGCCCUACGAGAAACACUCGAAGAGCCAUCCUUUCAAGACGAUCAUCACGAAGAAGCAUACGGUCUCACACUCGGCUUAUACGCUGAAAAAGAAAACUACAUGGCUCUUUGACACAUAG